ACAAGAGGGGGUUUGAGAAACAGCAUAAAAGAAGAGGAGAAGAAAAAGGAAAAAAAAAAAAGAAAAAAAAAAAAAAAGAAGAAGAAGAAAAAGAGAGAGAAGAAGAGAAAUACACAAGACUUUCUGUUUCUCUCUUCUAUGCUCUCUUCUCUCUAACCACUCAGACAAAAAAUCAAACAGAUAGCUUGCAAAACCCUACUAAAAAACCCAACAGCAGCAACAACAGCAAAAGAAGCAAAAUCAAGAACAAGUAAGAAAUCUAUCUCAUUCCUUUUCUCGAACAGAUCAUCCAUCUACUAAGAUGGAAAUCUGCAAGCAUCAAGCAUUCCAUGCUUUCUCGGCUUAAAUGCAAGGAACGGACGGCCACGAUGGAAGAAGACUAAAACGCAGAGCCGCGAUUACGAAGGAUCGAUGGCCGCUGCCAACGCUGUUCCCUUAGACUCGAUAUCAGCAGCAGAAGACCUGAACGCGAAGGCAGUCCACAAACGCUACGAAGGGCUUGUGACCGUCCGUACAAAGGCCAUCAAAGGGAAGGGCGCAUGGUAUUGGGCCCACCUCGAGCCUAUCUUGGUCCACAACUCCGAUACCGGACUACCGAAAGCCGUCAAGCUUCGGUGUUCUCUCUGCGACGCUGUUUUCUCCGCUUCCAAUCCAUCGCGGACUGCGUCUGAACACCUGAAGCGCGGGACCUGCCCCAAUUUCACAUCGCUCCCAAAACCCCUCUCUUCAAUCUCGCCUUCUGUCGCCGCUGCGGCGGCGGCUGCGGUGCCCGCUCCGUCCCGCAAGCGCAGCAGCAGCGGUGGCGGAGGCAAUACUGCGGCUGCUGCUGCUGUUGUUGCUUCGUCUUCUUACCAAAUUCCGCCACUGGCAGUAGUCGAUCCCUCUCGUUUCUGCACGGAAAUCGUCUACUCAUCCGCUGCUGCUGUGGCUGCGCCGCAGCAGCAGCAGCAGCAGAAUCAGCAGCAACAUUUGCUGCUGUCCGGCGGGAAGGACGACCUUGGAGCUUUAGCCAUGCUGGAAGACAGUGUCAAGAAGCUAAAGAGUCCGAAGGCGUCGCCGGGUCCCACACUCAGCAAGAGCCAGAUAGACUCUGCAGUCGGUCUCCUCACGGACUGGCUCUAUGAGUCAUGCGGCGCUGUUUCCUUCUCCUGCGUCGAGCACCCCAAAUUCAAGGCCUUCCUCCAGCAGGUGGGCCUCCCGCAGAUCAGUCGCCGGGAGCUUGCAGGCCACCGUCUUGAUGCGCGCUAUGAUGAGGCCAGGGCUGAGUCGGAGACCAGGAUCUGUGAUGCAAUGUUCUUUCAGGUGGCUGCUGAUGGGUGGAAGCAACGGGACUGUGCCACCCCCACUGGAGAGAAUCUAGUCAAUCUCAUUGUCAAUCUCCCCAAUGGGACAAGCGUGUUCCGGAAGGCAGUUUUCACAAGUGGGCGUGUCCCAUCCAAGUAUGCGGAGGAGAUUCUCUGGGAGACGGUCGCCGAUGUCUCUGGGGGCGGUGGGGUCCAGCGCUGUGCGGGGAUUGUUGCAGACAGGUUCAAGGGCAAGGCACUGCGGAAUUUGGAGAAUCAGAACCAUUGGAUGGUGAAUCUCUCUUGCCAGCUCCAAGGCAUCAGCAGCUUGAUCAAAGACUUCAGCCGUGAGCUUCCACUCUUCAAGACUGUCUCAUCGAACUGCCUCAAGCUUGCAGACUUGUUCAAUACCAACUCGAAGGUAAGGAACAGCUUCCACAAGUACCAAUUGCAAGAACUCGAGCAAGCGGGCCUGCUCAGAGUGCCCCCCAAUUCGGGCAAUGGCGGAAAUGGGAACACCAUUCUCCUUUUCGCAAUGCUGGAAGAUAUAUUAAACUCUGCCCGACCGCUCCAAUUGGCGGUGCACGACGAGUCAUAUAAGGUGGUCUGCGUUGAAGACCCUGUUGCUCGGGAAGUGGCAGAUUUGAUCCGUGAUAUUGGUUUUUGGAAUGAAGUGGAGGCAGUUCAUUCUCUCAUGAAGUUGAUUAGAAUGAUGGCCCAGGACAUCGAAGAGGAUCGGCCGUUGGUCGGGCAAUGCCUGCCUCUCUGGGAUGACCUGCGGAUGAAGGUGAAGGAGUGGUGUGCGAAAUUCAGUGUUUCAGAAGGUCCCGUUGAGAAGGUGAUUGAGAAGCGGUUCAAGAAGAAUUACCAUCCAGCAUGGUCCGCCGCAUUCAUACUAGACCCACUUUAUUUGGUGCGGGACAGCAGCGGGAAGUAUCUCCCGCCGUUCAAGUGCCUUACGUCCGAGCAAGAGAAGGACGUUGACAGGCUGAUUACACGGCUGGUGUCAAGGGAGGAAGCCCACAUUGCGGUGAUGGAGCUCAUGAAGUGGCGAUCAGAAGGGCUUGACCCACUUUAUGCACAGGCAGUUCAGGUGAAGCAGAGAGACCCCAUCACAGGGAAGAUGAAGAUCGCAAACCCACAGAGUAGUCGACUAGUGUGGGAGACUUGCUUGAGCGAAUUCAAGUCAUUGGGGAAGGUGGCUGUGAGGUUGAUCUUUCUCCAUGCGACAGCAUGCGGAUUCAAGUGCAAUUGGUCGUUUUUGAGGUGGGUUUCUUCCCAUAGGAGAUCGAGGGCUGGGAUGGAUAAGGCACAAAAGAUGGUAUUUAUCGCGGCCCAUGCCAAGCUCGAGAGGCGGGACUUCUCGAAUGAGGAGGAGAAGGAUGCGGAGCUGUUCGCGAAUGGUGAGGACGAUGUGCUCAACGAGGUUUUCAUGGAUGCAUCCUCAGUCGUGUAUGAACAAAUCAUGCAGGAAUGGCAUUAUAGAGGCGAAAUGAUCCAGAAAAUGCGUUAAGUCGCUAUCCUGGCGUUCGACUUGUGUUCCUUUUCCAGCAUUGGCAAGCGAUAGAAAAAGCUCGGUAGAAGCCACUAGAAAACACUAUCUUUAUUGAAAUUCUUGGGUUUGUUUCAAAAGGCCGCUGUGAAAGGACACAUGAAGGACAUUGAUUUAGAACUCUGAAAUGGAUUGCAAGAUGUGGUGAUGGAUAUCACUGAUUUUCAGCAGAGGGGCUCGAGCCAGUUGGGUUGAUGGACAGGACGGUAGCUACACAGGUCAACCUUGGAUGAAAAUGAGUGAAUCUUCAUAGCCAGGGCGCACAUCAGAUGCAUUUGUCUUUCAGUCUGGUGAGAGCGGUGGCCCACCAUGAUAGCAGUGGACAUCUACCUCAGGUGGUAAAAAAAAAGGUGUCGGGACCUUUUAAAUCAUCGUCGGUAGCCUGUCUUGUACCUGUUACCAAAGCUCGCUAGUGUCAAGCUUAGAUGGGGCGUUCGAACACUUGGUCAUUAGUUUGAAAAUGGAUUUAGGGAGUCGUUUGUAAUGCUUUCCAUGAUUAAGCGAUUGCUUCGGUGGGGCCGCAAGCUCGAAAGACGCUUGAUGGCGAUAGGCGAUCUUAAAGCCGGCAUAUCUAGAGCUGCUUCAAGAAAAUCCAGCUUUCACAUUUCAAUCUGUUUGUAAGCUAUGAUUUUCUGUGGUGUUGCUGUACAUCCAUAUAUUUAUACAGAUACAUGUGUAUAUUAGUCAUUCAUUGA